GAAUUAGAUGUCGGCAGUACUGAAAGAGAAAGGAUGUUAGUUAUAGACUUGUAGUUGGGGGAUUCGAAUAUUUUUGGAGGAUCAUGACAACUUUACAUACGAGUGAUACAGCUUAACAACUUUAUUGACGAUUUGGCAUCAAUAUUGUUAAUUUUUGUUAUUCCCAACAUGUAUUAUUUUUUAUUCUUCCUUGAUGGAAAUUUCCAUCUGAUUUCCACUUCUCUCCAGUGGACUAUACUUCGUAACAUGCUUGAAACAUUACAUUGAAAGCUCACUAUAAAUUGAAAGAGAGAUUAACACUUGCUUAGAAGAAGAAAAAAAAUAAUCACAUCAACUUUUUGCGUAAAAAUUCCUACAGCCCGCCAACAUGCCGGAAAUCGUCGAACACCUGGUGAUCUUCAAAAUCAAGCCGGACGUUGACCCAGCGGAACUCCCGGCCAUGGUGGACAGCCUAAACAGCCUGGCCGGACUAGACGGCGUCCUCCACCUGGCUGCCGGCCCACUCAUAAACUGCCGGUCAACUUCUCUCAACUUCACCCACAUCCUCCACAGCCGGUUCGCUUCCAAAGAAGACAUGGACAAGUUCUACCAAGACCCGGACCACCACGUGGUGAUCAACCAAACCAAGCCCUUCUUCGAGGACCUCAUGGCCGUCGAUUGGGUUCACUCGACCGACUCGGUUUCCAUCCCGCCCGGUUCGAGCAUGAGAGCCACGAUCUUUAAGUUGAAGGGAGAUUUGGGAGAUGAUGAGAAGAGCCAACUCCUGGAAGCACUUGGGUUGCUGAAAGACAAGUCGUCGUCGUCAAUUGAGGUUCACAGCUUCGGGGAGAACAACACUCCGGCCAGAGCCAAAGGGUUUUCGGUUCCGGUCAUCACGGUGUUUAAGGAUGUGAAUGAACUGGAAGGUUUUGACUCGGAGUGGGAGUCGCCGGAGAACGAGCACCGGCAUCUGGUUAUCAAGCCCAAGGUGGACGAGGAAUUGGUGUUGGAUGUUGUUUUUCCUUAGUUUUGUGUUCGGUGUGUGUGGUGGAUUUGAUUUUGCGAUUUUCUUUGGUACUACUACUGUGGAUUUGUCUUCUUUCUUUGGAUGUUUUUAUUUUUGUGCUGUGUAAUGUGUAUUAAUUUGGUCAUGAAAUGAAAGUUAAGUUGGAAAUCUCCAUUAUUCUUCUAUUUCGUUGUUUGAUUACAUAGUAGCUAAGUAGCUAUAGCCCAUAGUAUAAUCUAAUGAAUUGUUGGGUUUGAAGAGUUUAAACAAUAAUAAUUGGAUGAGUUGAAAAAGUUGAAAUAUCCACAUUAUUUUAUACUCCCUAGAUCCUAAAAUAUACACGAAAUUAUAUAUAAAAGUAACGACUUAGGGCAUCUGUCCCAAAAUAAUUGUCAUGUUUGAAUUUUCAGUUUUUACUACUAAUUCAAAAAAAUUAAAAUAAAUAAUCAUUUCGGAGAAGAGAGAAUAUAAUUUAUAUUUAAUGUAAAGUUCGAAAGUAAUAAACAAUUAUUUCAACAGAGAGAAUUAUGUUAAACCAAAACAAUAAAACAAAAACACCGACUUACUUUUAUACAAACGGAGCAAAUAACGAGUUUCAAGCUAGAAUACUCUCCAAUUGCAGAUCAUAGCG